UUACUUUUUGUCUUUUCUUUAACUUACUGGGCCAGAAACUUCUGAUUUGUCAAAUGCUUAUCAGAGUGUCUAUGUUAAAGUGCAUAUUUAAGCAUAUUAUCAGUACUGAAUUUGUUCUACAUUUCAACAGAGCACACAACAGAUUGCCAGGAAACUGUGGGACUUCUUUGAAGAUCAUGGGAAGCAAAGGCACUGUACGGGUUGUGGAUUUGAGGAGUGAUACAGUGUCACAACCAACACAGGAAAUGCGCAAAGCUAUGUUUGAAGCGGCAGUGGGUGAUGACGUUUAUGGUGAAGAUCCAACAGUCAAUGCACUGGAAGAAAAAGCAGCAGCUCUACUCGGAAAAGAAAGUGGAUUGUUUGUACCAAGUGGGACAAUGGCAAACCUAUUAGCAAUCAUGGUUCACUGCAGCCAGAGAGGAAGUGAAAUGAUAUGUGGGGAGAAAAGUCAUACAUUCUUGUUUGAACAGGGUGGUCCAGCACAGAUUGCUGGAGUACAAAUAUGGCCACUGCGUAACAAUCCAGAUGGAACAUUUGACUUAGAUGAUAUGGAGGAGAAAGUGCGAAAUCACACAGAUGACCACGAACCAAUGACAUCUCUCAUCUGUGUUGAGAACACCCAAAAUUGGUGUGGCGGAAGAGUGUUGUCAUUGGAAUGGUUAGAUGAUCUGGCAGUACGUGCUAAUAAACUUCACAUACCUCUACAUAUGGACGGUGCCCGGUUGUUCAAUGCAGCAGUUUACCUAAAAGUACCAGCAUCACGCAUUGUCAGAGAUUUUGCAUCUGCCACAUUCUGUAUUAGUAAGGGAUUGGGAGCCCCUGUGGGUGCAAUAUUGACUGGGGAUAAACAGUUCAUACGCAAGAGCCGACGUUUAAGGAAGGCACUGGGUGGAGGAAUGAGGCAAGCGGGUGUGAAUACUAUGGUGGUCAGGCUUGCAGAAGAUCACAACAGGGCCAAUGCCAUUGGGAAAGCUGUUGCUGAAUCUGGCAGUAAAAUCUUUCAAGUUGACUAUGAGAAUCUCCAGACUAAUAUUGUCAUGAUAAAUAUCAACAGUCAACAGAUCACUUCUGAAGAAUUCUGUAAUCGUUUAACGAUGGUCACAAAAAAUGAAGCUGCCAAACUUGGAAACAAAACUGCAAUUAUUAAGAUCUGCCCCGUAACAAAUAAGUCUGCCAGACUUGUUACUUACUAUGAGAUUACUGAUGCAGAUGUGGAAGCAACAAUUUGCAAACUGAAACUUGUUAUGCAAGAAUACGAAACACCCUGACCACGGAAAAUUCAGCAUAAAAAUGUAUGGAUGUGAUUGGUGCAUUUAAUUAGACCAAACUAUGAUUAUUCUUAAGAAAAUGUAGCAUGCAAUAAUACCAUUAAAUGCAUAUAUUAUAAAGCAUUAAAAGUGAGAACCCCAUAUAAAUUCAAAAUACGUGUUCAUGACCCCAUUCAGAAACAGAUGAACCAGAAAAAUAAACAGAUCCCAUGAUG